AUGAGUACAUGGCUUCCGGAAAUUCAGCUUCUUUUGGAAAGCUGCAGCAACUUAUCAACGAAAGGUACUACUGGUUUCAGACUUUGCGAUAUGGGACUUAUUGCUGAUGUGUUUUGUCUGUUUAAAUGCCCAGAGUGUGAUUGUGUUGGUCUUUCCCUCGAAGAUGAUGAUGUAAGUCGCAAAGGCUGUGCCUCAAAGCUUCGUUUAUGUUGCCCAAACUGCAGUUGGAAGCAUCUGUUUUGGACAUCUAAGCGAACAGAAAAAAGCUUCGAAGUAAACAAGCGUCUUGUUUAUGGCAUGCGGAGAAUAGGGAAAGGUCAUGCGGGGCCUCGAAGUUCUGUUCUAUUAUGAACAUGCAUCUUGGCAGAGAAGGGGACAUUCUACGCUGAAUGGAUGUGUUACCGUUAUCUCCAUGGAGACGGGGAAAGUUCUCGACGUUGAAGCCCUGACCAGCCAUUGUAAAGAGUGCAAGUACUAUGAAAAGCUGGAGAAAAAUAGUAAAGAAUAUCGAGAAUGGAAAGCCAAGCACACUAAGUGUAAGGCAAAUUAUCGAGGAUCUGCUCCGGCCAUGGAACCAGAAGGAGCUUUGCGAAUGUUCGAAAGGUCAGUGGAAGACAAUAAUCUGCGAUACACAAAUUUUUACGGUGAUGGGGAUAGUAAAAGCUUCUCUGAAGUAAAGAAUACCUAUCCUGGCAUUGAAGUGUAGAAACGAGAGUGUAUCGGCCAUGUCCAGAAAAGAGUAGGAACGGCACUCCGAAAAUUGAAGAAAGAUAAUCCUGGACUGAGUGGUAAGGGCAAGCUGACAAAUGCCAUGAUAGAUAAGCUACAGAAUUAUUAUGACAUUGCUCUUAGGUCCAAUGUUGGAGAUCUGGGUAAGAUGGCAAAAGUCAUCCAUGCUAGUCUCUUCCAUUGUGCUUCAAGUGAUGCGAACCCUUACCAUACCUUCUAUUGGUAGUGAUAGCUGAUGUCGUUACCAACAAGACGAAGCAAAUGGGACAAAAUUAUACAGACAUGGUCCUGGUCUUCCAAAGAACAUCAUUAAGCUGGUUAAGCCUGUGUACCAGAGACUUACUGAUAACAGUCUUUUGGAAAAAUGCUUGCACGGGAAAACGCAAAAUCAGAACGAGGCUCUGAACGCUCUAAUAUGGCAAAGAAUUCCCAAGGAAGUCUUUGUUCACAGAGACUGCCUAGAGUUUGGGGUGUAUGAUGCUGUCUUACACUUCAAUAUUGGUUGCAAUGCAAUUGUUGAACUUUUCAAGUCAAUGAAUAUUCCUGCUGGUAAAGUACACUGAAUUCGCCUGUCAUGCUGAAGACAAGUCUCGUGUAUCGCUCGCACAAUAUUUGUCUAUACUUUGAUUUUUGGCUUGUUCACUUGAACUCAUAACAUUAAUUGGGCAAAACAAGUCUAAACCAAGUGAGUCAAGUGUGAUACUGUUCAUUUCACCUUUUACUGUGCUUUGCCUUGUCAAUAUAUGAUCAUACUAUCUUAGAUUAUUAAAAGUACCAUCUGUGUUAUAUUGAAGUCCUCAAUUGCUCAUGUAAUUUAGCUCAUGUGGGAAAGUUAAAAGGGUUUAUAUUUAUGAUUGGAUCAAUAUGUACUUUCAUUCUAUAAUUAAUCAUAUUAAGUUCAUAUAUCAUAAGUUUUAUGCUAUAAAUAGCACACUUUUUAUUUUAUUUUAUUUAGGAUGGUUGAACUACCUUUUAUUUUAUUUUAUUUAGGAUGGUCAGAAACUAUGUAUGCAAAACUCAACGUGCAAACUGGAAUGAGGAUCAAAUGCGUCUUGUUUAUCUCUGCAGUUGAGAAGAAAGAACUGUCAAUACGAAAAGCUGCAACUGCCUAUGGAGCACCAAAGGAUGCAUUAAAUCGCCGAGUCAACGUAGGCAAAAAAAUGUAUCACUAG